GCUCGCUGGCUCGGCGGCGCUCUGAGGUGUGUGGGGCGUCGAGCCCCCGGGCCCGGUGAGGCGCGGCGCUGCGGGAUGCGGCGGCGGCCGUGGCGGGGCCGCGGGCCGGGCGGGCGGGCGCGGUGAUGAGUGUCUGCGGCCGCCGCCAUGUCCAAGGUAACGGCGCCCGGGUCCGGGCCGCCGGCGGCGGCGGGCGGGAAGGAGAAGCGCUCCUUCAGCAAGCGGCUAUUCCGAAGCGGCCGCGCUGGCGGCGGCGCCGGGGGCCCCGGGGCGUCUGGGCCGGCCGCGCCCUCCUCGCCCUCCUCGGCACGCUCGGUGAGCAGCUUCAUGAGCCGCGUUCUCAAGACGCUGUCCACGCUCUCGCACCUUAGCUCUGAGGGCGCUGCCCCAGACCGCGGCGGCCUCCGCAGCUGCUUCCCGCCCGGGCCGGCCGCCGCGCCCACGCCGCCGCCGUGCCCGCAGCCUCCCGCCUCUCCCGCGCCGCCGGCUUGCGCCGCCGAGCCAGUGCCCGGCGUGGCGGGACUCCGCAACCACGGCAACACGUGCUUCAUGAACGCCACGCUGCAGUGCCUCAGCAACACCGAGCUCUUCGCCGAGUACCUGGCGCUGGGCCAGUACCGGGCGGGGCGACCCGAGCCCUCGCCUGACCCCGAGCAGCCUGCGGGCCGCGGCGCGCAGGGCCAGGGCGAGGUCACCGAGCAGCUGGCGCACCUGGUGCGGGCCCUCUGGACCCUGGAGUACACCCCGCAGCAUAGCCGCGACUUUAAGACUAUUGUGUCAAAGAAUGCACUACAGUACCGGGGAAAUUCCCAGCAUGAUGCUCAGGAGUUUCUACUGUGGCUUUUGGACCGAGUUCACGAAGACCUCAACCAUUUAGUGAAGCAGAGUGGCCAGCCACCUCUGAAGCCACCGUCAGAGACUGAUAUGAUGCCUGAGGGACCAUCUUUUCCUGUCUGUAGCACUUUUGUACAAGAACUCUUUCAAGCCCAAUACAGAUCUUCUUUGACGUGUCCUCAUUGUCAGAAACAGAGCAACACUUUUGAUCCUUUCCUUUGCAUUUCUUUGCCAAUUCCUCUACCCCACACAAGGCCUCUGUAUGUCACUGUAGUGUAUCAAGGGAAAUGUUCUCACUGCAUGAGGAUUGGUGUGGCUGUGCCUCUGUCUGGGACUGUUGCCAGACUUCGGGAAGCAGUGUCUAUGGAAACAAAGAUCCCCACUGAUCAGAUUGUGUUAACAGAAAUGUACUAUGAUGGGUUCCAUCGUUCCUUUUGUGAUACAGACGACCUGGAAACAGUCCAUGAAAGCGACUGCAUUUUUGCCUUUGAGACUCCCGAAAUAUUUAGGCCUGAAGGAAUUCUCAGUCAAAGAGGAAUUCAUUUAAACAACAACCUAAACCACUUGAAAUUUGGCUUGGAUUAUCAUAGACUGUCUUCUCCUACACAAACAGCAGCAAAGCAAGGGAAAAUGGAUUCGUCCACCUCAAGAGCAGGCAGCGACAAGAUUGUCCUGUUGGUGUGUAACCGAGCCUGCACUGGGCAACAGGGGAAAAGAUUUGGACUGCCUUUUGUGCUGCACUUAGAGAAGACAAUAGCUUGGGACCUUCUGCAGAAGGAAAUCUUGGAGAAGAUGAAGUAUUUCUUGAGGCCCACGGUUUGCAUUCAGGUGUGUCCAUUCAGCUUGCGUGUGGUCAGUGUUGUUGGAAUAACAUACUUGCUGCCCCAGGAGGAGCAGCCCUUGUGCCACCCGACAGUAGAAAGGGCAUUAAAAUCUUGUGGACCAGGUGGCACCGCUCAUGUGAAAUUAGUAGUCGAGUGGGACAAGGAGACAAGAGAUUUCUUGUUUGUAAAUACUGAAGAUGAGUAUAUCCCUGAUGCAGAAAGUGUUCGUCUGCAAAGGGAGCGUCAUCAUCAGCCUCAAACCUGUACUUUAUCCCAGUGUUUCCAACUCUACACCAAAGAGGAGCGGCUUGCCCCUGAUGAUGCCUGGCGUUGCCCACACUGUAAGCAGCUGCAGCAGGGAAGCAUUACAUUAAGCCUCUGGACUCUGCCUGAUGUGCUUAUUAUACAUCUGAAGAGAUUUCGGCAGGAAGGAGACAGGCGCAUGAAACUUCAGAACAUGGUCAAGUUCCCUUUGACUGGCCUGGACAUGACACCUCAUGUGGUUAAGAGGAGCCAGAGCAGCUGGAGUUUGCCAUCCCAUUGGUCCCCGUGGAGACGGCCCUAUGGACUCGGGAGGGACCCUGAGGACUACAUCUAUGACCUGUAUGCUGUGUGCAAUCACCAUGGCACCAUGCAAGGGGGGCACUACACAGCGUACUGUAAGAACUCUGUGGAUGGCCUCUGGUACUGCUUCGACGACAGCGAUGUGCAGCAGCUAUCAGAAGAUGAGGUCUGCACGCAGACAGCAUACAUCCUCUUCUACCAGAGGCGGACAGCCAUCCCGUCAUGGUCAGCCAACAGCUCAGUGGCAGGCUCCACGAGUUCUUCCCUGUGUGAACACUGGGUGAGCCGGCUCCCGGGCAGCAAGCCAGCCAGCGUGACCUCUGCAGCUUCCUCCAGACGCACCUCCCUGGCCUCGCUCUCUGAGUCUGUGGAGAUGACUGGAGAAAGGAGUGAAGAUGAUGGAGGCUUUUCAACUCGACCAUUUGUGAGAAGUGUCCAGCGUCAGAGUUUGUCAUCUAGAUCUUCUGUCACCAGCCCCUUGGCCGUCAAUGAAAAUUGCAUGAGACCUUCAUGGUCCCUGUCUGCUAAGCUGCAGAUGCGCUCCAAUUCUCCAUCCCGAUUUUCAGGGGACUCGCCAAUUCACAGUUCUGCCUCCACCUUGGAGAAGAUUGGGGAGGCAGCAGAUGACAAGGUCUCCAUCUCUUGCUUUGGUAGCUUGCGGAACCUUUCUAACAGUUACCAGGAACCAAGCGACAGUCAUAGUCGCCGUGAGCACAAGGCUGUGGGCCGGGCCCCUCUGGCUGUCAUGGAAGGUGUGUUCAAAGACGAAUCGGACACCCGCAGAUUGAACUCCAGUGUCAUAGAUACACAGAGCAAACAUUCAGCACAAGGGGACCGCCUGCCCUCGGUCUCUGAUCCAUUUGAUAACAAUAAUCAGAUUGCUUAUGUGGAUCAGAGCGACUCUGUAGACAGCUCUCCAGUCAAAGAGGUGAAACCCCCCAGCCACCCAGGCUCACUCACGAAGAAACCAGAGAGCACAACCAAGAGAUCCCCUAGUUCCAAAGGCACUUCUGAGCCAGAGAAAAGCUUGCGGAAGGGGAGACCGGCCUUGGCAAGCCAGGAGUCAUCCCUUUCAAGUACAUCCCCUUCUUCUCCUCUUCCUGUAAAAGUCUCUCUAAAGCCCUCCCGCUCCCGCAGCAAAGCAGAUUCUUCUUCCAGGGGCAGUGGACGGCAUUCAUCCCCUGCCCCUGCCCCUGCCCAACCCAGAAAGGAGUCAUCCCCGAAAUCUCAGGACUCCGUGUUGUCUCCUUCGCCACAGAAGCAGAAGUCAGCCUCGGCCCUCACCUACGCUGCUUCCUCCACCUCUGCCAAAAAGGCCUCGGGCCCUGCCACAAGGAGCCCCUUCCCGCCUGGGAAGAGCAGGACUUCAGACCGGAGCUUGAGUAGAGAGGGCUCCAGACAAAGCUUGGGUUCUGACAGAGCCAGCGCCACCUCUGCCUCCAAACCCAACUCCCCUCGGGUGAGCCAGGCCCGACCAGGGGAGGGCAGGGGGGCCGGGAAGCAUGUUCGGAGCUCCUCCAUGGCCAGCCUGCGCUCCCCCAGUGCAAGCAUCAAGUCUGGUUUGAAGAGGGACAGCAAGUCUGAGGACAAGGGGCUGUCCUUCUUCAAGUCAGCCUUGAGACAGAAGGAAACCCGGCGCUCGACGGAUCUUGGCAAGACAGCCUUGCUCUCUAAAAAGGCUAGUGGGAGUUCUGUUAAGUCCGUCUGUAAGAACACUGGGGACGACAAGGGGGAGAAAGGCCACCAGCCUCCAGCUUCCCAGCAGCCAAAUGCAAAUGCAACGGGGAAAGAGCAGCUUGUCUCCAAGGACCCUGCUUCUGCCAAACAUUCCCUGCUGUCCGCUCGCAAAUCCAAGUCGUCCCAACUGGACUCUGGAGUUCCCUCGUCUCCUGGUAGCAGGCAGUCUGCGGAGAAAUCCUCAAAAAAGUUGUCUUCUAGCAUGCAAACCUCUGCACGGUCUUCUCAAAAACCUCAGUGAUAUUUCUGCAAUCGAAGUGUUUUAUCUGUAAAGAUAUUUAUUUAUUUAGAACCCCUCUUCUCCCACCAAAGCCCCAUGUGCUUUUAUUUUGUAUUUUUUUGAGUCACAUGCCCAACUCUAUGUGUGUGUGAGUGUAUGUAUGUGUGUGUGUGUGUGUGUGUAAUUCAAUUGCAAAUUGUUAAAAGCGUCGCCUUAUUCUGCCAUUGAACCAAAUAACAGCCAUAGGCAAAACAUUGACACCAAGCUAACUGGAAUAAUUGUAGACGAUACCCAGGACGGUCCCUUUAGCAAUUGUACAUACUUCUUUCUAGAGGACUCUAAUGACUUUCUUUGGAUAUGAGGGUUUUGAAACCUGGGAACCAGUAAAGCUACCAUUAGUGCGUGGAAGGAGGAAGGAGCUGACUUGUGUUUCUUCUGAGCAGGACUUGUCCUUGCUGUGGAUUGUGGGUGGCACCAGGAGCUCUAAAACCUGUGACUCUAACAGCGAAACAAAUCGAGGGAAAAACUGUUGCUUUCUGCACUUUCGCCCCAUCUACCAGUCUUUGUAAAGGGCAAUAUUUUAACACUAAUGUUUCUCAGGUAUAUACUCAGCUAGUCUAGGAUGGAUGCACACCAGUAAAUGGAUUAAAGAGGAAGGUGCCAUGUGGGUGACUGUGUCAUUUCUCCUACUGCCACAGAUAGACGUUUUCGAGGUAGAAAUGAAGCCUUUCACCACCUUUGUAUCUGCAGCGAUGUGUGCACCAAAACCUGUCUUGGGAUAGGUUCUAAGAGGUGGCAGAUCACAUAGCCAGAAAGCUAGUCACUUGUUUAAUUUUUUUUCCUUCUAAAAUUACUAGCUAAGGCCGUUGGAAUUUUGCACUGUAGUAGAGCAGUUAACACCUUUGACAGAUUCCUGGAAAAAACUUCUGGAUUCUAAACUGGGUGAAAGACUGGACAUCAUGUUCCUUGUCAGGUGUUGCUUUUUUCCGUUAGAGGUGGGAAGCUCCACGAUGCCCUGUGUCUGCGGGCUCAUGUUCCCCCAUCUUGUAGCUUGGAGAGGAAAGAAGUUGCCUUCUGCCAAAAGCCAAUGGUGGUUUGUUGAAGCGAUGUGUGAUCAAGUAUUACAUAUGCACUUCGGAUCCUGUCUGUCAAUCUCUGUUAGGGCUGCUUUUCAGUAACUCAUUUAUUAUUUCUUCUUUGUUCUUAAGAUUUCAUCUCAUGCCCAAAACUCACAAGCAGGCUUUGGAGUGUGUUCCGUCUGGCCGUGUCAGUGCAAAUUGCAUUUCUUAUUAAGAAAAAGGAGAACCUCACAAAAAGCUCACAGAUAAGCAAAAUACGUAGUUUUGCGAGCUUUUUCGAGGUCUUCUGGCAAUACUUUCCUGCGUAAUUUUUAGCUUUUCUUAUUUUUAAAAAAUGUCAAGAGUGUGAAGGUCUUGAUUCUCUCUGAAUAGCAUUUGUCACUUUGCCACUAAAUACAGCAUGCUAACUUUAUGUGCUUUUAAGUAUUAGCGUUUUUUUGUCAGACUCUUCAAGUUCUUCUUGAACCCUUGGUGCACAGAUCUGUGUAUAACCUCCCUUUUCAGUAUUGCUGUGUGUGAAGUAACUACAAGACAUAUGCAUGCAUAGCUAUGAAUUCUGCACUGCCUUUUUUUUUUCUUUUUUCCCCCCCCAGGAAUAUCUCUUGGGAAAAGUUUUUAGUAGGUUACUUAACUUUAUUUUGCUGCUAAUUUGAGCAUUAGCUGGUAACUUGCAAGUCUGGAGGCCACUUGUGUUGAGGGUAGCUGGAAUUUUAGACCCUUGGCAGUAUUUAAGAUUUAGAUAAUUCAGCCUUGUGAAAGUUACCACAGUGCUCCACAUAAUUCAUUGACCAUGAGCCCGUUGUCCAUUGCACACAGCCCUGUACUCGCCUCUUCACUCGCUGUCCUCGUUUUACUGUUCAGAUUUUGGUGGGUUCUCAAAGCAGCACCACUCGCUUCUGCUCAGUACAACUGUGGCAACUGGCUGCCUUCGAUGCUAUCAUUGCUUUCAGCCCAGCACAUCACAGCCCCAUCAGUGUUUAGCCACCGCUCUUGUUUUUCUGUAUCGCUUUUAUCGCCUGAAAAAGAUGCACCAAAUAUGAGAUCAUCCAUAUCAGGAAUUGAAUGUCUAACUCAAAUCUCUCAUAUUUGUUUAAUAGGUAGAUUUCAUUUGAAGUCUCCUAUCUGACUCUCUGAAACAAUUAUAGUUUGAUUAGACAAAGGUUUUUAAUAACACUUCUUUUUUGCUGUAGUCAAUUAAAACAUUAAUAGAAACUAGUUUAAUGUUCACAGUGGUAAAUAUUUUUAUUCUUGAGUUACCUAGGAAUGGAUUUUCCACAAUGUCUAGUGACUUAAAAAAAGGAAAAAGUUUCUACAAAUCCCUUUGGUUUUCCAUGGGAUCUAGAAUAAAAUUUCAGUGUCUAUAAAACUAUAUGUCUGUGGAGUUUAGUCCUUGUUUCAGGUUUAAUAGAAAAAAUCAGGAAGUAUCAUGGCAAUGUCUAGACAUCUUGAAGCUAUUUUAUUUCGUGGUUGGUAAACUGAAAAUUUCAUUGUCUGCAACUGCUAGGUGCAACUUUAGGCCACAGGAAAGGUUAUUUGACCCAAAAGUUUGGAGGUGCUCCUUGAGGUGGGAAGUAUUUUGUGGGAAAAUAGUUACUUGAUUCAAUUUAAAUCAUUGGUAGGGUUGGACACUUGGUGUUUUUUUUUUUUUUUAAUUUUCCCAGUGAUAUUUAGCACAAUGAACAUGUAUUUGCUUUGGGGUUAAAAAUUAUCCGCUAAGGAUGAUAGGCCUGGGUUUCUGGUUGACAACUAGAUGGGCCUGAUUAGAGCAGUCAUUUCCUGGUAGGCACAAAAUAAUCACCAACAGUAACGUUGUAUCUGUAAUGUUUGUUUGCUUUUUUAAAAAAAGUUUUAUUCUUGAUUUCUUGUAAACAUCCAUUGCACUGAGGCCAUAUCAUUCCUUAAGACAGCCCUACACCUUGUCUUGGUAAUCCCUUAGAUAAUGUGGAAACUCAAACCAUUAGGCUCCAGUCAUCUUAGACCAUUUCCCAUCCAUUUUGUAUUUUCUCAUCCUGAAAGCAGCUGAACUGAAAGUAAGUAAUAAUAUGCUGGACCAGUGGAAACGGAUGUGGGAGUAUUUGUGGUGUGCUAAAAUAUUGUAAUUAUCUGUGAGGCUGCCUGACACCCUUUUGCAAUCUUGUUUUCAUCAUUCGUUCUGCAAACAUUUAUGGAGGGCCUGCUUUGAGCACAGAGGCAAAACUGAAAGCUUCAGGGAUUUGCUGUAGCUGAGGAGCCCUGGGAGCACAGCCCAUCAAGCAGGGGAUGUGAUGGUGUCCUAAAUGGAGUGACAGUUCUCCUGGAAAAAGAGAUCACGUGGAUUCCGGUCAAAUCAGCUAAGGCUUGUGGUUCUCUUGAGCAAGUCUGUUCCGUCUGGAAACCAAAAGUGCCCUUCAUCUUUGGAGACAUUUUACUCUUCCAUCCACUUUUUCAGACUGAGCUGUCUCUACUAUUUAGGGGUUGAAAAUCCAUUACACAGUCACUUUACGUUAACAUUGAGUCAUCUAUGUUUGUAUGAGAUGGAUGUGGGAUUUGAGGGUAACAUUGUCAUUCCUCUAAAAUAACUGUCAUGAGAAAAAUAGCAACAGUAUGUAAAGGGACCAAGAGUGGCAGCCUUUAGGGAAAAUGGAGUAGAGAAGAGCUGCGAACAAAGUUCUUUUAUUUGAAAUAAACUUGCUUUAUUUCACAUAGAGGGGCAUCAGAUGUUACAUUUCAUUCGGACAAAUUACUGAACAGCUGAAGUGAUUGUUUCCUGUGUAGGUUAUUAUAAUUAUUGGAUACAAAGAUAACUAGUGUUUCUGGGUUGGAUUUUUGAAAUAGUAUGCGAAUCAUAAGCACAGUUUCAAUAAAACACGUAUUCUGGAGGUGCGUGGAACUUUGUAUUAUUUGUAGUUGAGAAAGGCAAACUUUGCUGACAAACCAGUGCCUAUCAUAAACACAAAAAGUCGUUGUUACUGUGCAGGCUGUCUUUAACUUUCAUUUCAUAAAGGGUACAUCAUUGUUAAAUUCUACUACAUGUUUUGGGGAGAAAUCCAGUGCUUUAAAUGAACACUGUCUCACACUGCCUUUUGAUCAACUUUCAAAGUAUUUUGCAGGCGCAUUUUGAGUGUGACCAUUUUUUUCCACAAGUAAUAAAAACAGUUGUGCAUGGCCUCCAUAUAACUCAGAAAGCAUGCUGUUACUACCUAUGCAAGCAACCAAUAAAGCAUAGACAUGAAAUGUUAAGUCUUAAAAAAAAAAAAAAGGCAACACUUAGAUUAUGGAGCUCUAUUUUUAAAUUUGUGAUUUUCAAAAUAUGGGUUACUCAUCAUUGUGUGGAAGAGCAUGAAUGUGACUUCUUGUUUUGCUCUGCAUAUAUUUCCCUUUACUGUUUUUCUGAUCAUUGGUGAGAUUGUAAAGUGUUUUGCAAGCAGAAGUGGAAUUGGAUAUGUUGAACACACAUCGUUUGUGUACAUACUGUAUUUAGCCUGAAGACUUUCUUAAAGUAUUUUGUUCUAAAAAUAACCUGCCAUUUUCUAUAGAUUUUAAUUUUUUAUAUCUUCAAGGAUUCUAUUGUGGUCACAAGGAAAGAAUGUGGCUUCUAAUAGUGCUAAGAAUUUAAAGAUGCUUUUGUAGAGACUUAGAGCUAUUUUGAAAAGCUUUGGGGCUUCCCAGCCACUGAUCACAAUUAGACUAAGCCCAUGGAAUUUCUGGUAGUGUUGUGCAGUGGAUUCGGUUCUAGAUCCGUCUUACAUUUGUUUAAAUCUAGUGUUUCUCAAUUUUGGGGAGAAGGGAUGCACAGCAGACUUGAGAGGCUUUUUUGAAUCUCACACAUGUAUUCUCAAGAUUGUUUUAAGCCUCUUCUGAAUGACUUGUCUAAGAUAAUGAAGACCCACAUUGACUAGAAUCAGCUGGGGAACUAUUAAAAAUACAAUGCCUGGGUCCCUCUCCCUAGCUUUUGAUGUAAUUCAUGUAGGAGUGGGCUCCAGGAAUUAGCAUGUAUUUUGAAAGCUUCUAGGUUUUUCUAAUUUGCAGUCAGAUUGAGAACCACUAUGAUAUGUUAUCCCUUUCCUGAGAAUUAUGGCAAGAAUCACUGCCAUUUGAAUUAGGAGUGACUCCGAUUCCUCAGUUGCGUAGGAGAGGCAAAAAAAAAAAAAAAAAUAAAUAAGAAUAAAAAGAAUUGAGAGAUACUGAUACCAAACUCCCAUUUGAAAUAGGGUCUUUCUGAUUCAAGGCCCAGUUUGGGAGCUUGGAGCAUGUUGUGAAUGGCCUAGCACUCGCCAGUCUGCUGGGAAUUGGUGGUCUUAGUUGCCGGAGCAGGCUGAGUGUCCCCCAGGGCCUAUUCCCCAUGGAGGAAUAGGGAAGUCACUCCAAGCUAGAAAUUGUCGAAGAAGAAAAUAAGAAACAACUUGCCUAGCCUUGGAAAACCUGUCCCUGCUUUUGAUAGAAUGAUUGCCUUUUUGUAGGAAUUACAGUAGCAAACCCCAGGCUGCCAUUGAAUUUCCUACUUUUGCUCGUUCUCUAGGAUAGUUCUUAUCCAAAAUGUAGUUUCAGGAAUUCUUUUUUCAGUUUGAAAAUGAAUGUGAAACAUUUUAUUUGGAGUCUUAUCUUUUUUUUUAAACCCUUGUUGCUAUUUCUUCAUUUAUUUUUAUUUUUAUUUUUUUACCAUCAAUAAUACACAUCCCGGAAUUCGGCGCUCUAUGUUAACUGUGGAGGCAAAUAAAAUUUAGUUUUAAUCUGUGGUGAGCUGAAUGCACUACAACACCUUCCAAGUAAUCUCAGAUGGUUUUAUUCUGUCGAGCCUCAUGCUGCCUACAAAACACCACCACAAUUUACCUGGUGGUUUCAACAUUUUAAAGAAUAAAGAUACAAGUAAACAUGCAAGUUGGAAACGUUUCUUUAGAAAGGCCACCCCGAAUAGCGAUAUCUGCUGCAAUCGUUCAAAUGCAAUAUGAAAUUUCCUAGGUGCUAUUAUAAAUGGUGUGGUGUCAUACCAAAUGCGAAAGCAGUUACAGUAUUUCCGAAGUUGAAGUUCUUUUUGUAGGCCUUUCAAAUAUGUGUUUGUGUUCCAUAGAGGUUUGCUCACCAACUGUGCCUCUCACCACUGGUUAAAAUUGAAUUCAAGCCCCAUUGACACAAAUUGUUUCUUGAUUGAACUCUUCAGUUUUUACACUGGAAUUUCUAUCGUCUUAAAAGCUGCAUGUCAUAUCACUGUACACAAAGUGCUUUGGUAUUUUUCAUGCACCGUGGAUAGUGAUUUCUGUGUUGUUUUUUGUUGUACAGUAACAUGGAAGGCAGGAUGUCUUUCCUAGAGGCUGGAAGAAAAGUGUAUCGUACAUUUUAAAUUUAUUUUAGAACAAGUGCAUGAGAUGUGUCACUGAUUUCUGUUAUUUAUUUGUAUGUUUUAUUAUUCAAAGUGUGUGCACUUUUAAGAAGCAGAAUUUAUAUUUUUAUGUUUGAAACAUUUUAUUUCUGAAACAGCGGUUGAUUAUAUAGUAUACAGUUGGAAUUAAGAGAAAAAUGGAAAAUGUAACAAAAUAUAAUAAAUUUAUUACAUGAUGUCCUCUUCAA